AUGAGUCUACGUCUAUCUUCGCUCGACCCAAACGAGCCCCGGGCACUCAAAGAUUGUCGAACGUGUAAUAGGCGCAGAAUACGCUGUGAUCGAUCGCUGCCAACGUGUAAGAAGUGCGCCCUCAAGGACCUGUCCUGCCCAGGCUAUGGCUUGAGGAUUCAGUUCGGUCAGGGCGUGGCAAGUCGAGGCAAACUGACGGGCAAAACGCUGCCUGUCCUUGAACCAGCACCGCCGCCGCCCGCUGUCUACACCAAGGACAGUCCCAAAAGCGUCACCCCGGGAGAAUCCUCAGAUUCACGAGAUGAUGGCCUCGACGCAUCCCUGCUAGCACGGCACGAACCAAUCGCCGUGCCACCUGCCCUGCGCAACGCAUUCCAGCCCAGCUUCGACGAGACCACUCUCCACAAUCCCUUUGCGCUAAAUCUCGAUCCGUCGUCGUAUGCUCUGCCCCAUUAUCUACAGGGCAGGCCGGUCAGAGAGCUCAUUCACUAUUACGACCAUGUGGUGGCCACCGUCAUGCCCUGGGUCGAUGGGCCGGAGAACCCGUGGCGGACUCUGAUGCUUCCUCUUGCCAUGAAUUCGCCCUCGCUGCUUCUCGCUGUCCUGGCACUUUCGGCCGAGCAUUACAGUACCAGAUCAGCCUCAACCUGGCCCAUGAACGAGGGGUUUGUCUCCAGUGACUAUCGAGACAAGAGCCUGGAGCUCCUCGCUAACGAUCUGCGGACAGAGGUGUCGGAACAUGCAAGCGUCGCGCGUCACGCUCGAGCCAGCGGCAUACUGGCCACCAUCCUGGUCCUCUGCAAUUUGGAGAUGAUUCGGUGCGACUCGGCUAGAUGGCAUGUCCAUUGGAAAGCUGCGAGGACGAUUACUCGGCGCUGGACAGCCCCCCAGCUGGCCUCCACCGUUCUCGACGAUACGUGUCGCUUUCUGGUCAAAGAAGCCUUCGUCUACGAUGUCUUUGGCUCCUCCACCACGUUUGAUGACGACGACCAAAUCCCUGGGUCCGUCUUGGCCGAACAGGACGCCCACGUCUUUACGGAUUGGCUGCAACUGGUCCAAGAAGUGACCUGUGCCGAAAGGCGUCGCCACCGCGGUGCACCGCACAUCCAGCCCCCGCUAGACCUGGCCAACAUGCGGGUCUUGCAAGAGAGGUUCGACUACGCACGGAAUCGAUCUCUGGAGUUCAGCAAGAGUCUUGACUUUGGCACACCAGGUCUGCAUAGCGACUUUGCAGUGCUGGUGGAUAUAUUCCACUACGCUGGACUUGCAUAUAGCUUCCAAGCUCUCCUGGACCCCCAGGAUUUUGCUCCAGCCAUAGAGACCUGCGUCAGCGGUGUCAUCACCAGAAUCGCCGAGAUCCAGAACAAGGACGCGUACCAGCACGACCUGGUAUGGCCUCUGUUCGUCGUCGGGACACAAAGCAGGUUCAACAAGAACACACAAGCGUUUGCCGAUGCUAGGCUCCUGGAGGUGAUGCAGUCGACGGGGUUCUCCAAUUGUUACCCAGCGCUAGAGUUUCUGCGGCGCUUUUGGAAGAGCGACCCCAAUAUAGCGGUGGACUGGUUGCAGUUCGCCCGACAGGAAUCAAGCCAGGGACUGACUUUCCUGGUGAUAUGA